AUGGAGUGCCCAUUAUGUGCCAAAUUCUGGGCCAAAAACUUCUUAACUUCCCACACCCACCCUGGUAAGCAGUAUUUCAUUCUGAUGUUUAUAGUGUAUGGCUUUGAGGUGGCAUCUUGUAUCACAGCAGCAACACAACGAGACUUUUUCACAACCAACCUCUUCCUGAAGCAGAUGCUGGAGAGGUACCAAAACAACAGCCCUCCAAACAAUGAUGACAGGUGGAAAAACAAUGGAGUCACCAAAACCUGGGACAGGCUCAUGCUUCAGGACCACUGCUGUGGUGUGAAUGGUCCAUCAGACUGGCAAAAAUAUACAUCCGCCUUCCGGAUUGAGAAUAACGAUGCUGACUACCCCUGGCCUCGUCAAUGCUGUGUUAUGAACAAUCUUAAAGAACCACUCAACCUGGACGCCUGUAAACUAGGAGUGCCUGGUUAUUAUCACAGUCAGGGCUGCUACGAACUCAUCUCUGGGCCAAUGGACCGGCAUGCCUGGGGUGUUGCCUGGUUUGGAUUUGCCAUUCUUUGCUGGACCUUUUGGGUGCUUCUGGGUACCAUGUUCUACUGGAGCAGAAUUGGAUAUUGAGAAUAAAGUGUCACCACUGAGCCUCCUUCCCCAGGGACUUUGCAUUUGGUGCUGGAACCGGCUCUCUCCUAACAUUCCACAUCUGUGCUCCAUAGUAACAUGUGGGUUUCUCACUCAAAUGCUGACUCAGAUGCUACAGAGUUCUUUUA